AGACGAACGAGAGGCAGAGUGGAUCUGUAGCUCUCUGAUCAUCACAUCGAUCAAGAGCAAGAGCACGAGACCUCAAGACUUCCUGAACGAGAAAGCAGUAUCAAGAUGAGCAUGGACUUUCCCACCGCGAAUCAACCAGGCGACGCCGAGUACGCCGCCUGGUCUCAGCCUAUUGGACCCUCCGUACCAACGCACGCCGCCCCCAUUCCUACCUCUGUUCCUCUGCAUGGCAAGCACGUAGACCUCCUUCCCCCCUCCACCCGCCACGUCACCGACUUCUGGUGCGCCUUUGCCGCGCACCCAGAGCACGACAAGCUGCACACCUACAUGUUGGACGGACCUUGGGUGGACCAAGCCGGAUUUGAGGAGCAUCAGAACAAGUUCGUCCAACAGAAGGGCAUGGCAUUUUUCGCGCUCGUACCCAAGGGAGACGAAGUGGCCGUACACACCUCCGAUGGAGCUGAACGUCCUGCCCUUGGUCGCUUUGCCCUCACCAAUGUGGCGCCCUACAACCGAAGCUGCGAAGUCGGUCAUGUCAUCUUGAGCCCGAAGCUACAGCGCACAAAGGCCGCUACGGAGGCCUUCCUCUUGUUAGGCAGACACGUCUUCGAGGACCUGGGCUACAGACGCUGGGAGUGGAAGUGUAACGAUCUGAAUGCGCCUAGUAAGAGGGCGGCUGAGCGAUAUGGGUUCAGGUUUGAGGGAGUAUUCAGGAAGCAUUACAUCGUGAAAGGACGCUCGCGCGACACGGCCUGGUUCUCGAUCAUUGAUGACGAAUGGCCGCUCUGUCGCGCAGCUUUCGAGGACUGGCUCAAGGAUGACAAUUUCGAUGCGAAGGGCAGGCAGAAGUUGGGCUUGAAGGAGGUCAGGGAGAAAUUGGAGGGGGAGUGGGAGAGCAAGAAGGUAACAAUGCCGGAGGUCAAAGAUGGGGAGCGUGGCAGGUGAAGUGAAGCGGAUGGAUUGAAAGCAAGAGCAGGCGGAAAGGAUGCAGCGUUGUAGAGGCGAGGAGAAGCAGAUGAGCAGUAUCACGGGUCAGGCUACUGGCACCGUCUUGGUGGAUCGUCGAAACGCUUCGAGCUCUGCAGAUAGGGG